AUGUCGACGCCUGAACCACAUAAUGGUACUACAAAACAACGACAUGCAUCACCACCUCAAUCAAGACAAUCAUCGGCAGAAACUACCAAAGAUGUUGAACUUACACCAACAAUUUUACAUGAAAUAUAUCAUAUAAUUCGUGAUCUUGUUUUAUUUUUUUGUCGUCGUAUAAUAUUUGGACCACCAAUAUUUAAAUUACUUGUUUCUUUUACUAUUAUCAUAAUUGGUUCUGUCUUAAAAGCAUUAGAUUUGGCACCAAAUUCAUAUUUGUCAUUAAAAACAAAUAUAUUUAAUAUAUAUUUUGCUAAACUAGGUUGGGCAUGGACAAUGGGUUUAUUAAUUCCAUUUAUUUAUUUAACUUAUAUAACAACUUAUAAUCAUUAUCAAAUUAUAACACGUCACUUAGUUCGUUUACUUGUUGCAACUGGUGUUUGGUAUAUGGUUACAUCCUUAUUUGUUCAUGUUGAAUCAUAUACAGGCAUGUGCAAACAUGAGACCAUGCAAGGUGUUACAAGAAGAAUUUGUCUUAGUGGUGGAUUUGAAUGGCAAGAAGGACAUGAUUUUAGCGGACAUGUAUUUUUACUUCUUUAUGCUAUUUUAAUAAUCAAUGAAGAAGUUAAAUCUUAUGAUAAAGGUACAAAAAAUGCUGAUGAAGCAAAUCAAAUAGCACAGAAAAGUGGUGAAACAUUAUCAAAUAUAAACCAUGAACAUCUAAAAAUAUUUUCGAAAAUUAUUCGAAUAAAUUAUGUUUUAUUAGCAGCAUUGACUAUUCUUUGGGAAUUUAUGAUUUUAUCAACAGCUUUAUAUUUUCAUCAUACUGUACAUAAAUUAAUAGCUGCUGGUGUUGCAGUAUUUUUUUGGUAUAUUACUUAUUAUGUAUGGUAUCGUUCGGAUAGUAGUUCAUUUUUAUAUCCAUCAUCACCUAAAGACUAA